UCCCUCACAACGCUUCUGAGCCUCUUGGAGGGAGGACGGAUAAACGGCGCUGACGGUACGGGAUUUGAUCACCGAAGACGGGAGGGAUGCUAGGGUGAUUCCCCCCUUUCUUCUCCCUCAGCCGCCCCACACCCACCUCCUCACCACCACCUUCGCUUCUCUCCAUCACUUCGAUCUCGGGACUGUCGUGUGAUAUUUUUUUGCGUCUCUUCUGACUUCAGUUGUUUUUUCUUUUUGUUUUUUUCUUCUUUGGGUUGAUUUUCUUUUUCUCUUUUGCGCCUCUGCAUUCCAGCAGCGGAUACGCGUUUGGUUUCCAUCUUCUCCUUCCUCCAGCGCACAGAAACAGAAUAAAUAACUCUGAGUGGGUUAUACUGAGUGGAUGUGUUGGACAUCUGGUGGGAGAAGUGACUGUGCUUCCUGCUGGGCUGAAUGUUUAGGGGACAUUUCCUUGGAGAGACGGGGAUCUGCGCGCGGAACCUCUCACUACCGAGGCAGAUCUGUGGAGAGGAAAAGCCCAGAUUGGCUCUUUCCCGGGGAGAGAGAAGAACCAAACACAUUUUGAGGAGCAGAAAGACGACAAAGCAGUGGGAAGAAGAUAGAGAAAUUCGGUGAUGAGUAUCUGCAGCAAAAAGACCCUUUGCAGCAAAUGAACUAGGAGAUUCUUGAACAUUGUGUUUGGAAGCAAAACAGGAAACGGCCUCAGUGGGAGCGGCACUCCACUGAGAGGAACCAGAGAGUCGGAGACGGAGUAAAGUGCACGGUUGCUCAGGUGGAGCAAGAUGGGAGUUUUGAUAGCGAAGCGCCAGGGCUUAGGCUUGCUGAGGGCCUUGCUGGUCCUGUUGGGGGUUUCUGUGCUCUGCAGCGUUGCAUUAGGAACAAGGAAAGGACAUCCUUCGUUGGAUCACAGGAGCCACAGACACAGACAUCCAGGUCAUUUAUCGCUGCAUAGACACAGACAGCGAGCAGGGAAAGAAGGCCAGGUACUACACCGGUCCAAACGAGGAUGGGUGUGGAAUCAGUUCUUUGUCAUUGAGGAAUAUACUGGACCGGACCCGGUCCUGGUGGGCAGGCUCCACUCAGAUGUCGACAAAGGGGAUGGAACCAUCAAGUACAUACUGUCCGGCGAAGGUGCAGGAACGAUAUUUGUUAUUGACGACAAAACGGGCAACAUUCAUGCCACGAAAACUCUUGACCGUGAGGAGCGAGCUGAGUACACUUUAACAGCUCAGGCUGUGGCAAGAAACACCAAUGAGCCUCUGGAGCCUCCAUCGGAGUUCAUAGUGAAAGUUCAGGAUAUCAAUGAUAAUCCGCCAGAGUUUCUACAUGGCCCGUACUACGCCAUGGUGCCUGAGAUGUCCAAUGUUGGUACGUCAGUGAUGCAGGUGACAGCUACAGAUGCUGAUGACCCCACCUAUGGCAACAGUGCCAGGCUGGUGUACAGCAUUCUGCAAGGACAGCCAUAUUUCUCUGUGGAGCCCCAGACAGGAAUAAUCCGUACUGCUUUACCGAACAUGGACCGAGAGGCACGUCAGGAGUAUGAUGUUGUCAUCCAGGCUAAAGACAUGGGUGGUCACAUGGGGGGGCUGUCGGGGACCACUGAGGUCAAAAUCACGCUGACAGACGUCAACGACAACCCUCCAAAAUUCCCACAGAGUGUGUAUUCCAUGUCAGUGUCAGAGGAUAAAGUACCAGGAGAGGAGGUUGGCAGACUUAAGGCUAAAGACCCAGAUCUGGGAGACAACGGACUUGUAAACUAUCGCUUAAUAGAUGGAGACGGGAUGAACAUGUUUGAAAUUUCAACAAACUCCGAGACCAGAGAGGCUGUUGUUAAACUGAAAAAGCAAGUGGACUUUGAGACCAAAAGGUCGUACACCUUGAAAGUGGAGGGAUCCAACCCUCACAUAGACUCUCGUUUCCUCGCUUGGGGACCUUAUAAGGAUGAAGCCACAAUCAAGAUUUCAGUGGAGGAUGCAGAUGAGCCUCCUGUCUUUGUAGCUCCCAGUUACACUUUCGAGGUGGAGGAGAACGUGCCCCAAGGAACCCCGGUGGGACGAGUUCACGCCAAGGACACAGACGUUGCCAACAAUCCUGUCAGAUACUUGAUCCCACGCUACACCGACGUGGACCAGUUCUUCAGCAUUUCAGAAGAUGGCCUGAUAACCACAAACAGACCUCUGGACAGAGAAACACAGCCCUGGCACAACAUUUCUGUCUCCGCCACAGAGAUUGGAGGCCACCACCAAGACACCAAAGUGCGUGUUAACAUCAAAGUGAAAGACGUGAAUGACAACCCCCCAGAGUUUGCUUCCGACAACGAAGUCUUCAUGUGUGAAACCGUGACACCAGGGAAGCUCAUCCAAAGCGUCAGUGCAGUGGACAAAGACGAGAUGGCUCACAGGCAACACUUUACAUUCAGCCUGGCUCCAGAAGUUGCCCACAACCAAAACUUCACUCUGAAAGACAACAGAGACGGCACCGCCAGUAUUUAUGUUCUCCGCAAAGGAUUCAACCGUCUCACCCAGGAUGUUUACUUCCUUCCCAUUGAAAUAAAUGACAACGGUUUCCCAUCCAUGAGCAGCACCAACACCCUGACCAUCAAAGUCUGCUCCUGUGACAGUGAAGACAACAUUGGGUCCUGUCACAUGGCCCCCCACGUCCUGCCUGCUGGUCUCAGCACCGGUGCUCUGAUAGCUAUACUGGCCUGCAUUGUCAUCCUGCUCGCAAUAGUUGUGCUGUUUGUUGCACUGAGACGUCAGAAAAAGGAGCCCCUGAUAGUGUUUGAAGAAGAGGACAUCCGGGAGAAUAUAAUCACUUAUGAUGAUGAAGGAGGUGGCGAGGAGGACACUGAGGCCUUCGACAUUGCUACUCUGCAGAACCCCGACGGUGCCAACGGUUUCCUGCCAAGGAAGGAUAUCAAACCAGAACUUCAAUUUCCCAUCAGGCCGGGCCUUGGGCGUCCUGCGGCCAACAGCGUUGACGUUGACGACUUCAUCAAGACUCGCAUUGCAGAGGCCGACAGCGACCCCACCGCCCCUCCCUAUGACUCCAUUCAGAUCUAUGGCUAUGAAGGCAGAGGAUCGUUGGCUGGGUCACUGAGUUCGCUUGAGUCUGUCACAACAGAGUCCGACCUGGAUUAUGACUAUCUGCAGAGUUGGGGACCGAGGUUCAGGAAGCUGGCAGACUUGUACGGGACCAAAGACUGCUCCAUUUACGAUGCUGAUGAUGAUGAGGACUCUUAACAGUGGUCUUCCUCAGUGGUGGACGCCCCCUGAUUUCUGAUUUAUUGAUUCCAAGAGGAUGUGUUAACCGAGGGGUAAUUCUCUCCAGUCUCCAGUUGUCACCAUCUUCCAGCUGAUUAGUCCAUGCCAAUUUGUCAACGGACGCUAACUGCUCUCCCGUUCUGUGGCCGGUUCUCCCAGACGGUUUGUCAAUGGACACGUAAUGAAUUUGCCGACUUGAACCGCUCCCAGUUUCCUUGAUUUUCUCCCGUCUCCUGUUUGAUUCUUUUUCUCUAUUUCUAAAGACUUGAGCAUUGCAGGGCUGGGAGAUUGGUUAUGUCACUAGUUUGUUUGUCUGGAAGCAAUUUGAUGAAAACAGUGUUGCUGUAUCAUCAGUAAGACUUGCCCAUAGCAAAUUGUUGAGUGUAAAAGAGGUUCUGUAUGCUUUUAUGGACUAGAUUCACAUACUUCCUCAAUAGUUCCUUAGAGAGACUUUAUUCCCUUAACAGUUCCUGAGCGGGGCACACUUUCCUUUGUUGCUCACUCAAAGGAAAAGAGGAAGAUGAAAGUAAAUUAAAGGAAAACAUUUGUAAGGGAUCCAGCAACUGCCUGCUAAGAGGCAUGAAACCGAGGAUGUGUGGGCAACGAUCAAAUUUGUUGUUUUGUCUGCUGAAAACAGCAGAUUCAUUGGUUUAGAUGAGUGAAUCAACUCUGGGUUGUUGAUACUCUGAAGAUGUGAAUGGCAUCUUCACAGUGUGGUGGCCUUAUAAUAAUUAAACAACAACUCCAGGGGUAAACACACACCCACAAUGACAAAAAAAGACUGAAGAUAGAGACCAAUAGAUUUGGUAGCCGCAUGGACGACAGAACACACGGACUGUAGGAGUAUCUGUGAAAACGCUACUUGUCACUUUUUCUAUUCCCCGAAAAGGAUCCAAAACUGUGGAUUUUUCUUUGUUUUCUUAUUUUUCCACUGCAGAGAAGAAAUUAAAAGAAGUGCAUCCUUUUGCCACAGUCACAGUGUCUAAAAUCAUUUCCCACUCUCAGUCAGCCCAGGAACCACCACCUCCAUAUUCCACCCGACAACAAGUAGAAAUCUGUGAGCUUGAAAAAUCGCCUUAAAUCCAACGGACACUUUUUCAACACAGUGCAUUCUCUUAUUAUUUUGUUAUUUCUUCCUUUCAUUUUUUUUUUUUUUUUGUAACUUGAAAAGUAUAUUCAGAAAGCUAAGUAUUGUCCUGGCUAGGUGUGUACAGACCACACGUGUGGUAUAUCACUCUGAGGAUCCGACCUUCGGCUCACGCACGCUUCCAGAGGGGUGAGCUGUUUCUGCUGGACGUGUGUGCUUUGUGUUAGCUUUCCACCGUGCAUGCUGGAAGCAGCAGCUGUUGUAUCAACAUGUGUUGCCAUGUGCACAUAGGGAAAUACAAGGUGAUCCAGGUAGGCAGAAACAAAACAUCCUAUUCAAACGUGCCGAUUUUUAUUUUCAGUAUCUGCUUUUAUUGUUAUUCUAUUAUUAUUAGUGUGGGUUUCUAUUAUUAUUAUUAUUAUUAUUAUUAUUAUUAUUAUUAUUACCACAGUAACUGUUCUUCCAUUGGCUGCAGCUACACAGACUUAAGCUGAUGUUUAACUUUUUGAAUGAGAUUUUAUUGUUCUUAAAGUUUUUGAAUGAUUUAAAGAGUUUCAAAUCUUUAGAUAACUUAAAGUUAUUUAGCUUAAAGUUAAGCAUCAGCUUUUUUUUCCCUGUGUGCACUUCUUUAUCCUUUUGGUUUAGCCUUUUUUUUCCUUUUUUUUUUGUAACGUAUUUUGACGUUUCUUCACCUUUUCUCCCUGUUCCAGCGGAAACCUAGCAAUCUGUGUGUGUUGCAGUGAGAGAACGCCUCCUUUUUAAUUCUCUGUCAAGUUUUAUGGUACAGAUUUGUACAAUUUUAAAAGUUCUUAUUUUAGUAUACAUGCAGAAUAUUCCAGUAUUACAACAAAAACAUGUUAAGAUUAAAAAAGUUACAUCACACUUAUAUUUUCUGAGCAUUGUAUUGUUGCUUUACUAUGUGCUUCAA